AUGUGGUCACAGCCGGGCGUGAGCCCUUGCGCUUUUGCCAGAGCUAAGAGUUGUCUUUCAGGGAUGGGUUCACUCAGGGAUUGGUGCUUUUGCGGGCGUAAGCCCUUGAGCUUUUGCGUUAGAGCCAGGAGUUUUGAGACUGGGGGUACGCAGCUGCCGGUGAUAGGGUUAGAGCAGCCGAAACGUUUUAGAACACAUCUCUUAUAUUCUGUAUCAAGAGCUGGUCCUGUGCUUUCAGCUUCAGCCGAUGUUGUCGACAAAGUUGAUGGAUCUUAUGCUGAGGGGGAGAGAAAGGAUCAGUAUCGUCUGUUUCGGGAAGAAGGAUUCAUUCCAACUAGUUUGGGCAAGAGAGGGCCGGAAAGGAAGGGCAAGCAAGGGGGGAAGAACUCCCAGGAUUUCAGAUGCUUGUCCUUCAUCUCUUUGAUAUACGCGAUCGAGGGAUCGGAAGAGUCGACAAUAUAUGCAUAUGAUCGGCUAAAAACCUUCAAAAAGCGUGGGGUUCUACAUUUUCGAACUAACUCACUCACUCCUAAACCCGAGGUUUCGAAUUACCGGUCAAAGGAAGGAAAGACAGAUGCUCUAAGGUACGAAACUGGGCAAACUGCUCGGUCCGAAACUCACCUAUUUGGGCAAGGCAGAAAGAUUUACCAGUCCUCGCUUCCGAAGAAGAAUCAGAUCUGA